UCUUGUAACGUUCCCGGCGCCGCGUUUGAAUUCGAGGAGGAGCGAAGUGGUGCCAGGUCUCUGCCCAGACUCUGCUAGGUUUGCGGAGCAACUCCGGGAACAUGAGUGCGGCGGCAACUGCAGGGAAGCUGGCGCGGGCACCAGCCGACCCAGGGAAAGCCGGGGGCCCCGGAGUUGCAGCUCCCGGGGCUCCAGCGGCCGCUCCGCCGGCGAAAGAGAUCCCGGAGGUCCUAGUGGACCCGCGCAGCCGGCGGCGCUACCUGCGGGGACGCUUUCUGGGGAAGGGCGGCUUUGCUAAGUGCUUCGAGAUCUCGGACGCCGACACUAAGGAGGUGUUCGCUGGCAAAAUCGUGCCUAAGUCGUUGCUGCUCAAGCCUCACCAGAAGGAGAAGAUGUCCAUGGAGAUAUCCAUUCACCGCAGUCUCGCUCACCAGCACAUCGUAGGCUUCCACGGCUUUUUCGAGGACAACGACUUCGUGUUCGUGGUGUUGGAGCUCUGCCGCCGGAGAUCUCUCCUGGAGUUGCACAAGCGGAGGAAAGCACUGACGGAGCCCGAAGCCCGCUACUAUCUUCGGCAGAUCGUCCUUGGCUGCCAGUACCUGCACCGAAACCGGGUCAUUCACCGGGACCUCAAGCUGGGCAACCUUUUCCUGAACGAGGAUCUGGAGGUGAAAAUAGGGGAUUUUGGACUGGCAACCAAGGUCGAAUAUGACGGGGAACGCAAGAAGACCCUGUGUGGGACUCCUAAUUACAUAGCUCCUGAGGUGCUGAGCAAGAAAGGGCACAGUUUCGAGGUGGACGUGUGGUCCAUUGGGUGCAUCAUGUAUACCUUGCUAGUGGGCAAACCACCUUUUGAGACAUCUUGCCUAAAAGAGACUUACCUCCGGAUCAAGAAAAAUGACUACAGUAUUCCCAAGCACAUCAACCCUGUGGCCGCCUCCCUCAUCCAGAAGAUGCUUCAGACAGAUCCUACUGCCCGCCCAACCAUUCACGAGCUGCUCAAUGACGAGUUUUUUACUUCUGGCUAUAUCCCCGCCCGGCUCCCCAUCACCUGCCUCACCAUUGCACCACGGUUUUCAAUUGCUCCCAGCAGUCUGGACCCCAGCAACCGGAAGCCUCUCACAGUCCUCAAUAAAGGCAUGGAGAACCCCACGCCCGAGCGGCCCCGGGAGAAAGAGGAACCAGUGGUCCGGGAGACCAAUGAGGCGGUUGACGGCCACCUAGGCGACAUGCUGCAACAGCUGCACAGUGUCAAUGCCUCCAAGCCCUCAGAGCGGGGGCUGGUGAGACAAGAGGAGGCUGAGGAUCCCGCCUGCAUCCCCAUCUUCUGGGUCAGCAAAUGGGUGGACUAUUCAGACAAGUACGGCCUUGGGUACCAGCUGUGCGACAACAGUGUGGGGGUGCUCUUCAACGACUCGACACGCCUGAUCCUUUACAAUGACGGUGACAGCCUGCAGUACAUAGAGCGUGAUGGCACAGAGUCCUACCUCACUGUGAGCUCCCAUCCCAACUCCCUGAUGAAGAAGAUCACCCUCCUGAAGUACUUCCGGAACUACAUGAGUGAACACUUGCUGAAGGCGGGCGCCAACAUCACGCCUCGGGAAGGCGAUGAGCUCGCCCGGCUACCCUACCUGCGCACCUGGUUUCGCACCCGCAGCGCCAUCAUCCUGCACCUCAGCAACGGCUCUGUGCAGAUCAACUUCUUCCAGGACCAUACCAAACUCAUCCUGUGCCCGCUGAUGGCAGCCGUGACCUACAUUGAUGAGAAGCGGGACUUCCGCACGUACCGCCUGAGCCUGCUGGAGGAGUACGGCUGCUCCAAGGAGCUGGCCAGCCGGCUGCGCUACGCCCGCACCAUGGUGGACAAGCUGCUGAGCUCCCGCUCGGCCACCAACCGUCUCAAGGCCUCCUCGUAGGCCUUCCUCCCCUCCGGACUGGUGCCCCUCCCCCCCCCACCAGCACCUCGGCCCGUACUGGUUAGCUCCCACGGUGCUGUUUUCUAGAAUGUGGCCCCCGGCCCUGGGGGCUGGGAAGAGCUACAUUAUCCUUGCUGGCGGGUGUCGCUGUGUAAGUUAUUUUUGUACAUGUUCCGGUGUGGGUUCUAUGGCCUCUUUCCCUUCCCUCUCAACCCCGCCAUGUGAAUUGUACAGAAUAUUGCUCUUGAAUCCGGGACUGUCCUUUCCUUGCCUUUAUAUACAUUAAACACGUGAAUCUUC